ACAAUAGGCUUGUGCCCAGAAACUUUGAGGGUGUCACUGUCCUCUACACAGACACUCAACGACAACUCCAAGAAAACGGAAAACAUAAACCGCAGAUUGAAAACAGAAACACCAAGAAAACGAAGGUAUGGACUUUGAUGGGAUCUUGGGCAGGAAACAAUCAUCUAAAAGCAGCAAUCCCAGGAAAAAAUGGCUCAAGACACGGGAGAUGUGGCUAGUGGUUCUCGGUGUGAUCCUUCACGCUGUCUACAUGCUAAGCAUUUUCGAUAUCUAUUUCAAGACUCCUAUUGUUCAUGGCAUGGAUUCCGUCACCCCUCGCUUCAAGGCGCCCGCCAAACGCCUCGUCUUCUUAGUGGCGGAUGGUUUACGGGCUGAUAAAUUUUUUGAGCCGGAUUCAGAAGGGAAUUUCAGAGCACCAUUUUUGAGGAGUGUGAUUCAAAAUCAAGGUCGAUGGGGAGUGUCUCAUGCUCGGCCCCCUACUGAAUCAAGGCCUGGACAUGUUGCUCUAAUUGCUGGUUUUUACGAGGAUCCUAGCGCUGUAACAAAAGGAUGGAAAGCUAAUCCAGUUGAAUUUGAUUCGGUUUUUAAUCAAAGCCGUCAUACAAUUUCUUAUGGUAGUCCAGAUAUUGUUCCGAUAUUUUGUGGAGCCUUGCCACACAGCACCUGGAAUACUUAUCCUCAUGACUAUGAAGACUUUGCAACUGAUGCGUCUUUUUUGGAUGAGUGGUCUUUUGAUCAAUUUCAGAGCCUUCUUAAUAGGUCCAAUGAAGACCCAAAGUUGAAGGAGCUACUACUACAGGAUAAUCUUGUUAUAUUUCUACAUCUACUUGGUUGUGAUUCAAAUGGACAUGCACAUCGGCCCUUUUCAUCUAUCUAUCUCAAUAAUGUGAAGGUUGUUGACCAUAUUGCCGAGCGUAUGUAUUCUCUUCUUGAAGGCUAUUUCAAGGACAAUCGUACAUCGUAUGUUUUCACCGCUGAUCAUGGGAUGCAUGACAAAGGUAGUCAUGGAGACGGUCAUCCCACAAACACUGAUACCCCUCUCGUUGUUUGGGGAGCAGGUGUUAAUUAUCCCAAGCCAUUAUCUGGAACAAAUCAUUCUGAUUGUGGUUUUCGUUUUGUCGAUGAACAUGCACAUGACACUCCAACACCUAAAGAAUGGGGUCUUGAUGGCAUUGAAAGGGUGGAUGUCAAUCAAGCUGAUAUUGCACCACUUAUGUCAACUCUUCUUGGAUUGCCAUGUCCUGUUAACUCAGUUGGGAAUCUACCGCUUGAAUACAUUAACAUGAAUGAGGCAGAAAAAGUUGAAGCCGUGCUAGCCAAUACGAAGCAAAUUCUCAACCAGUUUCUUCGGAAAUCACGUAUCCUCUUCUUAUACUAUUUGCUUGGUGGAAGAGGAACCAAGGUCCAAGUUUGGUUAGCCUCUAAGGCAGCAAUUUCUGUCUGCAUAGCAGCCACCCAAUUGGGAUCACGAACAGCCUCUUCAUACGUAGCAGGUUCAUGGAUACGAGAGAUAGCACUUUCAGAAAAUCUAAGAAGUUUGGCACUGCAAGGACUUCACUAUUUUCAAACUUAUGACUGGUUGAUGCUGAUGUCUGUAAUUACUCUUGGCUAUAUUGGUUGGAUGGUCUGUCUUCUUCUCCAUGUGCUGCAAUCUUAUACUUCCUUGCCAGGAAAUAUAUUAAGAAAGGAACCUGCAUUCCACCAGAGAAAUAAUACUAGAAAAGUAUACCUAAUGGGAUGUCUAUUGUUCGGAGUAAUUUGUAUUAAAUUCAUACUGGAACACUCUCCUCCCCUUUACCAUGCAUAUGUAGCAAUGACAGUGUUUCUCUGGAUGCAAAUUCUAAGUGAAUAUCAGUUUAUACUGGCAUUGUGGAGACACUUACAGGGGCGAAAAUUCAAUUUUAUUGUUAAACUUCUUGCCAUUGUUGCCAUGUCAAUAUUAAUUCUUGAACUCCUGGUGAAUAGCUUCACUGAGAGAGAGCUCUACACUUGGUGUUUUCUAAUUGUGGGGGUUGUAGCUUCUUUUUAUCUUUUUAAAUCAAUUCCAUGGAGAUCUGGAAUACCCAUUUUUGUUUGCAUUGCAUGUUGGUUUUUGUCCGUAUUUACAUUGAUGCCAGCAGAAAUUCCUGACAAUAAUCCAUUGGUAAUUGCAAGUGGGGCAAUGAUCAUCAUAAUUGGGGCAGCUGCGAGAUGGCUAGAUUUUCAUGCUGAAGGGAAGAAGUAUUGGCUAAGUAUCUGUAAUCAUGAAGUGAAAAAAUCCAGAUUUCCCAUACUCUUUUACUUGCAGGCUCUACUGGUUGGGUUAGCAUCGGUGAUGGUGUCACUGUCAACUUCUCAUAGAACAGAGAACCAAGAACUGCUGCCAGUACACCAGUUGAUAAAUUGGUUAAUUGCUGGUUUUUCAAUGGUUCUGCCACUCUUUUCAGAAAAUGGCCUCCUUUCCCGACUUACUUCUAUAUUUCUUGGCUUUGCACCUUCCUUCCUUCUUCUAUCUAUAGGAUACGAAGCUGUCUUCUAUAGUGCACUUGCUCUUGCACUUAUGUCAUGGAUACUAUUUGAAAAUGCACUUCUCCACUCAAGCGCAGUGAAAAAUUUGUCACCUUACACUAGAAAUAUGGAGGAACAUAUUAUUCUUCAAAAUGAUAAUAGAUACUUGCAGCUGUCUGAUGUUAGAAUUCCACUAACUUUUAUGGUUCUAUUCAACGUCGCAUUCUUUGGAACGGGUAAUUUCGCAAGUAUUGCAAGUUUUGAGAUAUCGUCAGUCUAUCGGUUCAUCACUGUGUUCAGUCCGUUUCUGAUGGCAGCCCUGCUUAUCUUCAAGUUAUUCAUACCGUUCAUGCUUGUCAUAUGUGCGUUCAGUGCAAUAACCAAACUACUCCAAAUUCCACGGUUGGGAUGCUAUUUUCUUGUUAUAUUACUUUCUGAUGUAAUGACCAUCCACUUCUUCUUCCUGGUUCGAAACAAAGGAAGCUGGAUGGAAAUCGGCAAUAGCAUCAGCCAUUUCGGAAUCAUGAGUGCCCAAGUUGUGUUUGUGCUAUUGCUCUUUGCCCUCACAAAUAUAUACACGAAUGACAUCCACGUUAGAUCGGCUAGCCCUUCUUCUCAGAAAGUAAUGUAAGACAAAAUUAGUAGUUUUUUGCAGUGAAAUCAGCUCUCAGAAUUCUUGCAAGGCUAGCACUUACAAUUAUACACCAAUUUUCAUGGAUCAAUAGCAGCUUGCACUCUGCUGAAUUUGGACCUAACAUAUUCUCUUGUAAUGGGAUUUUCCUGAUGUUCCCAUUGACUGUACAAGUAUAAGCUGAUUCUGGCUUUUCCUUUUGGUGUAAAGCAAAAGAUAACCAUACAAAAUGUUGAUGCAAUGGUGGGCAUGUAGUUCAAAUUUUGAUCCCAUGGACUCACUCUAAUUUCUAAACGACAUUGACUAACCUAUUUUUGUAUUAGCUUUGGAAAUUCCACAUGGGUACUUCUUGGUAGUUUCUUUCAACCUGCUUUUAAAUGACGAUAAUGUUGAAGAAAACAGUCUUGAAAACGAUUGGGCAAGAAUUCCAAACCU